GCUAACUUGCCGCAAGGUUCUAAUUGUCUCUACUCUAUUGAAUGUGGUAGUAAACUGUGCAACUUUCGAGGUCGUUCUCUUUUGACGAGAUCAUCCUCCACACGUUUGCUAUCGGUAUAACUCAUCAUAAUAUAAUUUAAAAUGCCCCCUAAAUUCGAUCCCAAUGAAAUUAAGGAAGUGUGCCUGAGGUGCGUUGGUGGUGAGGUUGCUGCCACGUCUACUCUCGCCCCCAAAAUUGGUCCCCUUGGUCUGUCACCAAAGAAAGUUGGUGAUGACAUCAUGAAGGCCACGGGCGACUGGAAGGGCCUGAAGGUCACAGUCAAGCUCAUCAUCCAGAAUAGAAAUGCUCGUGUUGAGGUCAUCCCUUCAGCCUCAUCACUGAUCAUCCGUGCCCUCAAGGAGCCUCCCAGGGACCGUAAGAAGGUGAAGAACAUUAAGCACAACGGUAACCUUACGCUUGACACUAUCUUCGAAAUUGCUCGCACCAUGAGGCCGCGCUCACAAGCUGUACAUUUCUCCGGCACCGUACGGGAAAUUCUCGGAACUGCACAGAGCGUUGGCUGCACCGUAGAGGGCCAGCCGCCUCACGACAUCAUCGAUGGCAUCAACGAUGGAUCCAUUGAAGUGCCCGAAGAGUGAAGCGCUCUCGUGCUCUCCUCGCCAUCUGCUGCACACUCCUAGUCAUGCCAUCCAUCAUUAAUUGAUAAUAUUCAUUUUUAUCUCGCCUCGCAACUUUUUAACAUUCCUGUUUGUCUUCUGCAUGUCAAGUCCGAACCACAUUCCUGUUUUUUUCAUCAUUCCGUUGAUUCUAAUAACAUUCCUUUUCAAAUUUUUUUAUUGUUCAUCAGUCGGGAACAACGUUUCUCAUCAAAAUUUUUUCAUAUUAUGGACGACUUAGUGAGGCUUCAGUAAACGGCGAGUGAGA